CUGCUUUUCAAGUUUUCACAAGCCAGGAAAUGACAGGUGUCUGACUGCUUAGGUCACCUGUUAGUGUAUACCUUGUAACUUCACAAUUAGAGUGUUGAUCCGACAUUAUUCGUGUAUGGGUACAUUUUAAUAGCUGUUAGAUAACAAAUCGAAGCAAAAAUGAGUAAGAUCACCAAGUUGUUUAAAUCCUCUGGAUCCAAAAAUCAGAAAGGGCCCAGUGCCCAGGAGGCUCUCUUUAAACUCAGAGAGACAGAAGAAAUGCUUACCAAGAAGCAGGAAUAUUUGGAAAAGAAGAUCGAGCAGGAGUUAGCGACAGCUAAAAGACACGGAACAAAAAACAAGAGAGCUGCCUUGCAAGCCUUGAAAAGGAAGAAGAGAUUAGAGAAACAGUUAACGCAGAUAGACGGAACGCUGUCCACCAUUGAGUUUCAGAGGGAGGCUCUGGAAAAUUCACACACUAACACAGAAGUGUUAAAAAACAUGGGCUAUGCAGCGAAGGCUAUGAAAACAGUCCAUCAAAACAUGGAUUUGGACAAGAUUGAUGAACUGAUGCAGGACAUCAAUGAACAACAAGAUGUAGCACAGGAAAUCUCUGAUGCUAUUUCUCGCCCCGUUGGUUUUGGGGAUGAAUUUGAUGAGGAUGAAUUGUUGGAAGAAUUAGAAGAACUGGAGCAGGCGGAGCUCAACAGCCACUUGGCCAACGUAACUCUUCCAAGCGUGCCUUCCACAAAACUGCCAUCCCGGCCAGCAUCAUCGCGGAAGAGAGUGGAAGAGGAUGACGAUGGCAUGCAGAUGCUUGCGGCAUGGGCAACAUAAAUCCUGGGAUUUCGGUCACCCAAGUUUAAUACUUGUACAGAUAUUUUAAAGCUGGUAAUUUGCAUUUAGGUGUCUAUUCACUAAACAGACAAGGUUAUUCAUCAAAGUGUGAAUGUCAGUGUGA